UCAAGCUCAGUCUCAAGAGCAUCCCCCGGCUGCACGGAUGCAUUCCGGUCGCCGGUCAAACUAACAUCCCCGCCGCGAUUUUCUCUCUUUUUCCGUGAACCACCCUCUCUUUGUGCGACGCGCACCCACUGCCAAAUCUCCACUGAACGUUCGAGAAUUCGCGAGACGUCGAAAUCGCGCGAACUCGAAACUCUCGACCACCCUCACCUAAGAACUUUAUCGAGAUGGAACGAGAGGACGAGGACUUCGGCGAGGGCUACAUCGCGGAGUCGCAUCCGCUGAGACCGACGCACCUCACGGUGCCGCUCGGAGGACGCGGCGAUUCGCGUGCACCCAGCAUCAGCAGCAGCGUCAGCGAUCUCGAUGUUCCAAUAUACACCAGAGAGACCACCAUACCUCUCUCGGCGAGGAAGGGUCUCAACGGCCGAUUAGCAUUCGCUAUCGCAGCGGCCGCUCUCGGUUCAUCGUUCCAGCAUGGAUACAAUACCGGUGUGGUUAAUGCACCUCAACAGCUUAUCGAAGACUGGAUCAAAGACCUGAAAACAAAUCGCACAGGCAUCCCAACGGAAAAGACGGAGGUGACGUUAAUUUGGUCGUUGGCGGUGUCGAUAUUUUGCGUCGGUGGAAUGAUAGGAGGUUCCAUGGUAGGCUGGGCAGCGGAUCGCUUCGGCAGAAAGGGCGGUCUGCUGUUGAACAACAUUCUGGUCCUAUUGACUGUGAUCUUCGAAGGUAGCGCCAAGGCGGCGAAGAGCUACGAAAUGGUAAUCGUCGGCAGAUUCCUGAUCGGUAUAAACUCCGGGCUGAAUGCUGGCUUGGCACCGAUGUACCUGGCUGAGAUCUCACCCGUGCAUCUACGUGGCGCCGUGGGCACCGUCUACCAGCUAGUCAUCACCAUUUCGAUUCUGGUGUCGCAAAUCCUCGGUCUGGAGCAAGUCCUUGGUACCGCCAAUCAGUGGCCGUUGCUGUUAUGCCUUACGAUCGUACCAGCGUUCUUCCAGAUGUGCACACUGCCUCUCUGUCCCGAGAGUCCCAAAUACCUGUUGCUCAAUCGUGGCAAGGACAUGGAUGCACAAAGAGCGCUGUCUUGGUUACGUGGCACGAUCGAAGUUCAUGACGAGAUGGAAGAAAUGCGAGCAGAGUACGAGUCGGUGAAACUGGUGCCGAAGGUCACUCUGCGCGAACUCUUUGUAAAUCCAGCGCUUCGUAUCCCGUUAUUCAUCUCGGUCAUGAUUAUGUUCGCCCAGCAGUUAUCCGGCAUAAAUGCCGUCAUGUUUUUCUCAACGAAGAUCUUCAGGAUGGCGCAACUCGACAAGCAUGCCGCUCAAAGCGCCACGAUGGGAGUCGGCGCUAUGAACGUCUUAAUGACCAUCGUCUCUUUAGUGUUAGUAGAAAAAGCAGGCAGAAAAACGCUACUCUUGGUCGGAUUUUCCGGCAUGUUCGUGGAUACCGCUCUACUCGCCAUUUGUCUUGCAUUCGCUGAGACCUCACGCGCAGCAGCAUAUUUCUCGAUUGUGCUUGUCAUCAUGUUCGUCGUCCUAUUCGCCACUGGACCAGGAAGUAUUCCGUGGUUCCUGGUGUCAGAGUUGUUCAAUCAAUCCGCCCGACCACCCGCUACCUCCGUCGCCAUCGCCGUCAACUGGACCGCAAACUUCAUCGUCAGCAUUGGCUUCUUACCGCUGCAGGAGGUCCUAGGCCCUUACGUGUUCAUUAUUUUUGCGGUGUUGCAGUUGUUCUUUACGCUCUUCAUAUACAAGAAAGUGCCGGAAACGAAGAACAAGACUAUGGAGGAGAUUAGCAGUAUGUUUAGGCAAAUAUCGUAUCAGUGAGGAAUACAAAAUGGGUAAAAUAUUUUCUUCAGGAAUGAAUAUGAGUUUCUCCUUUUCUUUUUCUGCGUCGAAGAAUUCAAUGGUUUCGCGAAAAUGGCAUACACUAUUCUAUGGUCUAUUAACGCGCUUCCAACAUUCUGUCCACACGCAAUAUCAAAAUUCAUCGAAAAGAUACUCGGUGAAUAUUUAUGCAUAAUCAUGAUGUGUGCUACGAUAUAUUCGACGUAGUUACAUCUCACAAUAGUGCCAAUCCGGAAAACUUAACUUUUUGUUAUUUAAUUAUUCUAUUUUUUUAAUUUUAUUUUUAAUUUCAUUAAUUCGGAAACUGUAUUUCAAGUCGAGUCGCACGAACACGCGCACAUGAUUUCGCCUUGGGAUUUAAAUUGUACACUUAAUCUUAUAAUUAAUUCCUAUAUAUUGCGUCUAGCAAAAAAAAAAAGAGGAACAAUCUAAAUGACGCAAGAGAAACAAUCUAAAUGACGUGAAACAGCUUAGAAAACAUGAUUCUUUCACGAAUUCUUUUCGAACAAUGAUUUGUUCCUUGCUUUAGGGACAAUAAUUACUUGCCAUUACUUGUACGAGUACGAAAGAUCACAACUCUAGUCAUGAAAAAACCUAUAGAGGAAAUAUACCCAUACAAUACAGUUCUUUGAGGAAAGUCCUAGGAACGUCUUUAAGACAUAGAUGUCCUCUAUAUGUUAAGACAUCCCUUGAAGAACUGCGUUGUAUGAGUAUAAAUCAUGGAAGAAUUUUAUACGUUGGUUGAUUUUAUUUUUAUUAACGAAUCUCCGAUUCAUUUUACAUCGACAGAGAUUCAUAUAUACCGCUUCGCUAAACAAAUUUUUAAUGCGAUAUAUCACGUGAAAUAUAUUAUAUUUUAAAGAAAUUAAUAAUCGAGUACAAUUUUAUAGAAUAACAGUUUUACAAUAGCGCAUAAAAAAACUUGCGUUCCGCCUAUCAAAUUAUAUUACAAAUUAUAUUAUCGCGUUAUUGUAAAAGAAUUUAAAAACUGUUGUUGAAAAAGGAAUAGAACUGAUUAUGUCGAUGAGUGAAGAGAGUAUCAAUUGCCUUUUUAUGAAAUAAUUUAUAAUAGAAAUUUAAAGAAUAUUUUAUUAUACGUAAACUGAAACGCAAGUUUUAUUCGAACGAGAACGGAAAGAAUGAUGUUAGGAUAAUUGUAAAUAAAUACAGAGAUAUGUAAAGAUUAGUAUUGUGCAUAGCGUAGGUAAUAAUUAUAUUUAUGUAUGCAUGUAGAUUUGAUUAAUGUGUUUAAGACUAUAUCGACAUCAUAUUUUUAAAUUAUUUAGAUUACUUUUAAUGGUGUAUACAUAUAUAAAAGGAAAUAUAAUGCGAUAUACUAAAUAUAACUCAGGAAUUACGCUGAUCGUUAUCUCGUAUAUAACAGAUGGAUACAAUGUUUUAUUUUUACGCUGUAUCUUUUCGUAUCUCUCAAGGAAUACUCAUUUGUAACCCGUUUUAGUAUAUGUAUAUUAAAACUUAUUGAUAUAUUGUACAAUAAAAGGCAUCUAAGUUUGAUAAUUCGUUAAAUAAAUCAUCGAUUUUUAUCUA